AAAUCAAAUUCAAGCGUGCCAUCAUCCAUCAGUCCACAGCUCAAUCCUAAUCCAUUCCUCUGCAUCUCACAGAAAUGGCCCUUUCUGCCUCCGCCAAGCUCACUACCGCAGCCGCCGCGGCCUCCACCUCUUCCCCUCUCAAACCUCAAAUCUUCCAGUUCCAUGCCACCACCAGGACCAGAAAAGCCAAACCUACGUUUGUUGCCUCAGUCUCCACUUCCUCUUCUGCAUCGUCAAACUUAAUUUCUCCAAAUUGGGCUUUGGAUAGCUGGAAAUCAAAACCGGCGCAGCAACUCCCGGAAUACCCGGACCAGCAAGAACUAGAAUUGGUGCUACAGACCCUUAACAACUUCCCGCCAAUCGUGUUUGCAGGGGAGGCGAGGAAGCUCGAAGAAAGAAUUGCCAGUGCUGCUGUUGGAAACGCCUUUCUGCUUCAAGGUGGAGACUGUGCAGAGAGUUUUAAAGAGUUCAAUGCCAAUAAUAUUCGUGAUACUUUCCGGGUUUUGCUCCAGAUGGGUGUUGCCCUCACUUUCGGUGCUCAAAUGCCCAUCAUCAAGGUGGGAAGGAUGGCAGGCCAAUUUGCAAAACCUAGGUCAGAGCCAUUUGAGAUAAAAGAUGGUGUGAAGCUCCCAAGUUAUCGAGGAGACAACAUUAAUGCUGAUGCUUUUGAUGAAAAAUCUAGAAUUCCUGAUCCUCAAAGGUUAAUCAGAGCAUACCUGCAAUCUGUUGGCACCUUGAAUCUCCUUAGGGCUUUUGCUACUGGUGGAUAUGCUGCCAUGCAAAGAGUUUCACAAUGGAAUCUGGAUUUUGUGCUGCAUAGUGAGCAAGGAGAUAGGUACAUGGAACUUGCCCGAAGAGUAGAUGAGGCACUAGGGUUCAUGGCUGCUGCUGGUCUCACUGUUGAUCAUCCUAUAAUGAACACGACUGAGUUUUACACAUCUCAUGAGUGCCUUCAUUUGCCAUAUGAGCAGGCCUUGACCCGAGAGGACUCAACAAGUGGCCUCUUUUACGACUGUUCUGCUCACAUGCUUUGGGUAGGUGAGAGGACUCGGCAGUUGGGUGGAGCUCAUGUUGAAUUCCUCCGAGGUGUUUCCAAUCCUCUUGGCAUUAAGGUGAGUGAUAAGAUGGAUCCAACAGAGCUUGUGAAGUUGUGCGAAAUCCUUAACCCUCACAACAGGCCUGGAAGAUUGACAAUUAUUACUAGAAUGGGAGCAGACAAUCUGCGAAUUAAACUCCCCCAUCUCAUUAGAGCUAUCCGUCAGGCUGGGCUUAUAGUCACCUGGGUCAGUGACCCUAUGCAUGGCAAUACAAUUAAGGCUCCAUGUGGUCUCAAGACACGGCCAUUUGAUAAUAUCAGGGCUGAGUUGAGGGCAUUCUUUGAUGUGCAUGAUCAAGAAGGCAGCUACCCUGGUGGUGUCCAUUUGGAGAUGACUGGACAGAACGUAACAGAGUGUGUCGGAGGGUCAAAGGCUGUGACAUUCGAUGACUUAAAUUCCCGUUACCACACACAUUGCGACCCUAGGCUGAAUGCAUCACAGUCGCUAGAGCUGGCUUUUGCCAUAGCAGAGAGGCUGAGGAAGAAAAGGUUAAGGUCCAGUGAUGGUAUCCUCAGCGGGCGCAGAGUUGGGGGAUCUAUGGCAUAGGAUGUAGUUUUGCUGAUAAGUUAUUUUGGCAUUUAUUUUGAUUUGGUCCUUUUUGCUGUAAAUUUAAAAAGACUACACGGUGUGUGCCACUCAAAUUGCCUGUCAAACGGAGUCCCAUUGGUUUUUUUUUUUUU